AAUUUGUUGACGUUCCCACAUCGUUUGUUAUUCAAAACAAUCUUCGCACCAUGGCCGAAACAAGUUCCGCAAAAAAGCCUUCACUAAACGAUCAGGAGCGAGAUCUGGAGCAACAAGCGUUUAUAGAGUUUCAAAAAGCCGACUACCAUGCGUGCUAUCAAACGCUGCAGAAGCUGCUCAAAACGCAAGACUCCAACCCGAAGGUGCUGCACAACAGGGCGGUGGUGGAGUUUUACAACAGCGAUCUGCGCCGAUACGAUCAAUUCCGUUCCGCCAUGAUCCAGCAGACCGGGCUGGUCGGUGAGAUUCGCACGGUGGAGGUUAAGGAUCGCGAAUCGUGCGCAGCCUACGUGAACCAGGCGAUCGUCCUGUACCACUUCAAGCAGCCGCUGGCCGCGCUCAAAAUUAUGCUCGCAGUGAUGGCCCAUUUCGACCGGCUGGAUGACUAUCUGCUGCGCCGGGCCGGCAUCUUCACCGUCCAUCUGCUGCUCGACACGAAUCAGCCGAAGAAGGCGAACCGGCUGCUGGGGAUGCUGCAGAACCGGCUCGGCAUACAGGUGUACGCGAUACUGAGCGACUCGGACGAGGACGAGCCGCUGAUCGAUAACGAAAGCCGGAAGGACAUCUCCGAGCUACAGUUUGAGGAGUUCCGCAAAGAGUUCCGCCUGAUACUGAUCCGCUCGAAUCUGCUGAACGGCAAGAAGAACAUGUCGAUCCCGCUGGAAGACACGUCCGAGUACUCCAUCCUCAAGGGGCAUCAGUACUUUCUCGGCAACGAUUAUCAGAUGGCGGCCAAGGAGCUGUCGAAGCAGUUCACCAACGAGCCGGUCAGCGUGAACCGGCACGGCGAAGAUCAGAACACGAUACUGGCUAACAACAUGGGCGUGAUACACUUUUCGGUCAAACACUACGCGCUGGCGGCACGGUUCUUCCAGCAGGCCCUGCUAUUCGACAAAUCCGCCACGGAGGAUACGUCCACGGAAAGGGUGGAAGGGUCGCCGCUGUACUGUGUCGGUGCUACCAAGCGGCCGGAGAUACUGUACAACCACGGACUGGCACUGUUGCAUCUGCAGCGCCCGAAGGAAGCGUUCGAGUGUAUGCUGAUCGUGCUGAACUCGAACCACAACAAUCCGCGCCUCUGGCUGCGGCUGGCCGAAUGCUGCAUCAUGGUGCACCGGCAGGAGAAGCAGGCGCAAAAUACCAGCAUCUGUCACGGCACGGUUGGGUGCGGUGUGCACCGGAAGUACGUGCUGAACCCGUCGCCCAAAACGGCCGUCCCGGAGGGAGAUCAAUCGUUGGCCAUUCCCGCCACGACGCUCGAGUUCGGGGCGCUUUGCUUGCGGAACGCGGUCGCGCUGCUGGAGUACCACGAGCCGGAGCUGAUCCGGCAAACCGAGAGCAGCGAUAAAACGGUCGCCUGGGAUAAGGUAUACGAGGGUGUACCUUGCAAUCCUUCCCUGCCGAUGAAGCUGGUCUCGUUCAACAAGCUCAAGUGUGCGGUGCUGGCCGCGUACAGCUACGUGCUGAAUACUCUCGGCGAGUACAGUCUGGCGCUCAAGUAUGCGAAGCAAAUGUUGACCAUGAAAGAUUUGCCGCAAUCGUAUCUAUUACUCUCGCACAUGUACGCGGCGGAAGCGCUGAUCAUGAUGAACCGACCGCUGGAAGCCAUCACGUACCUGGAGCCCAAAUUCAUCACCGAACUCGCCGGCGAUGACUUUGGAAUGCGUGCCUCGCCGCACUGGAACAUCAAUUCGGCUGAUGCGGCCCGCUCCGUGAUGCACUAUAACCGGGCGGUCGUGUCGUUCCUGAUCGGAGACUACGAACAGGCGAAAAUUGCGAUGAGCAGCUGCAACCACCCGUUGGUAAUGCCGUAUCUUAAGAUGCUCAACGUCUACCAGGAGCUGCUGCUGGGAAACUACGACAAGGUGCAAUUACUCAUUCGGUACGAUACGCCACAUUUGAUUUAAAUCGUGCGUGUAGCAUGCAAAGUAAACAGUAUACAGUUUGGGAAACUGUCCCUUUGUAACACACAAAUAUCAUCCGAAGGGAAAAUUCAAACCUCGUUGCGCUUGCAUCUGUGAAUAACAGCAUUUGUAACGACCAUUUUAAAGCGAACCUUUUUGACAGCAAUCAUACGCAGAGUGACCAGAAAUACCGUUUCAUCUGUAUUCCUACCGAUUUUUGAUAUGUGUAUACGAUACACAGAUGAUUACCCUAAAACUAUCGAAAUUAUCCUACCGAAAAUCACAGAUUUUCUCGCAAUACUGAUCGAAAAGUCAUAAAACCAUUUCCCAAGUGAUUUAAUGCAGUAAACUCCAUAUGAAAUAUGGAAAUCACUAGCGACUAAAACCAGAAGUCCAACAGUGGGGUCUUGGUUGUCUGUACUUCAUGAGAUGCGAUGUACUCGUGGUCAGAUACAUGGGUAUCAACACCAUCAACACCAUAAUUUAAAUUUCACUCGCUUCGGUACAAAUGGUUCACAUUGAAGUUUAGUAUUUUAAACAAUCGUAUCGCCGUUCUAGUUCUAGCGAUGCAUAACUUCAAUUCGAAACCAUAUAAAGGCCGGCCCAAGCGCCACAGAUUAAGCUUAAACGACUGGGAAAUUAAAUAUCCAUAGAAAAAAACAUGAAAGCUCCACAGCUUCAUUGGUUUGAUCAAUAGAUGGCGUAUUACAACUCAUCAUUAUAUUGCUAUCCUUUUCUUGCAAUGUGUUUCGACAAGCUUCAUCUUAUCAUGACCUAUAUAGCCUUCUAACUUUCUGAGCAAAAAUUCAUAUGAAUGGUCGUGUGGUCAGAUACGUGGGUAUCAACACCAACGACCAUUACUCAAAUCUCACUUGCUUCAGUGCUGGUGAUUUCCGUUGGAGUUUAGUAUUUAAACAAUCGUAUCGCCGUUCUAGUUCUAGCGAUGCAUAACUUCAAUGCGAAACCAUACAACAGUACAGAGGAAAUGAGAAAACUCUCCUCCAAGCGAUGAAGCUCAACUGGUUGGGUAUCCCACCAACAGAUAGCGCCACCAGCUUUUUUGCUAUUUUUAGAAUGCAUGAGUCGUUUGACAUCUGCUAAACGAAGUCUUUCUAUAUUCCGUUUAGGUAGAGAACUUGAGUCGUUUAGAAGCCGUUUAGUGGUCGUUUAGUGGAUUUGUGGCACUUGGGGGGCUACAUUGAUCGUACUCUCUGGUAUAAUUUUGAUUUUCACUAGCGCUCCUGGUGGCGGCUGACCGAAGCAUUUUGCCAAACAAUUUGGAGCCGUUCCAGAAAAUACGUUAUUUUUCCAUGUUUUUUACUUUAACUGGACUCAGAAUGCCUUGUAAUUGAUAGAUAAAUAUGUUGUGCAAGUAUUUCAGCAGUUUUCGCAUCAAAAAACGGUGAAAAAACUAAUUAACUUUUUUACGCACGCGAUUCUAAAUUUCUUUUUUUUACCAAUCUAAUCGUAGUAACCAUUGUUUAUCCUUCCAAGUCAAAAUAAGAUGUUUCUGGAAACACGAAUUAUCCCGUCCGAACGGAUGUUCGGGUAAACUUGGGAGGAUAAUUUUAGUAUAAAAGUAGGCCAUAUUUUGAAUAAAGCAGGAUUCAAACGCAGAA